AUGAAGAACGGAAAAGGUUCUCGUGGCCGCCAGGGUGGCUCGGAUCGCGGGGGCAUCCGCAAGCGGGGCGCUGCUACGCGGGUCGAUCGAGAAGGUGAUAUGGUGAUGGAAGGAGGCUCCGCCGCUCGCAGCCGUGGUGGAAAGAGGGCUCGUGGGGAGUCGGGCCGAUCGAACACUUCGAAUCGGUCACAGGCCGCGAACAAGGCCAUGGAUGCGAUCCAGAGAGCCAUUUCCAGCAACGACUCACAGGCAAAUAUCCGCCAAGGUGGCCGGGGAAGUGGUCUGGAGCAGGCGAUCGUCCGUGGCUGGAAACAAAGCAAGGCCGCAUCUAACCCCGACGGCGGCCUCGAAAGCCUGAUCGCCUUCCUCGAGAAGAAACUCAGCCCCUCCGACUCGAAAGCUGGCACACGCGCAAGGAUUACAAAGGUAUGUGCAACACCAGAGUUGGCGGUCACCGACAUGAAUCACCAGCGUCGUCCUCUCCGAUGUGCCUUCGUUUUUAGGGAUGGUAGCUUCAGAACAACGAUCGGCACUUGCUUAGGCUCUACUGGCUCGCGAGUUGAAGGCGACGCGCUCAUAGUUUCUGUCCGACCAGAGUUGUUGGAUAGGAUGCUUAAGCUCGAUGGUUUUUCUUUUGCAGGUGCUCCUCUCACGGUCCACAAAUAUGAUCGAUCUACAGACGGGCUGUUGGACCAGUCCAUGCUGUCGCAGAAUGGCAGCUCACCCUCGGCUGCCGACACGAAGGCUAAAAUGACUGCCGUUUUGGGCAGGCGUUACGCCCAACAGACGAAACUGCUCGACCUUUCAAGGCUGGCAAGCGAUCCCGAUCUGGUAUCCAUGGGAAUCUUCGGCAGCACCUCCACCGAAUCGAAGUUCUUUCCGGCACUGAUGAAGGUCUGGGAGCUCAAUUUCGACGAUUCCGCGGCCCGCCGCAAGGCGGUGGAGAGUGUCAGUCUCGCCCACAACCAGCUUGCGAACAUCACGGCUGUUACGACCUUGGCCCAAACGAUCCCGGAAUUGAAGAACCUCGACCUUUCCAACAACGAAUUCAAAGAUGCCCAGGCGCUGAUCGGGUGGCGUUGGAAGUUUCGGAACCUCGAGUUCCUCGACCUUUCCAACACGCCUUUCAGUUCCGAUCCCACUUUUAAGGAUACCAUGCUGAAGUGGUAUCCCAAGCUCCGAUUCCUCAACAAUGUUGAGGUGCGGACCGCGGAGGAACUGGCUGCACAGAAGAAGACGCCAAUCCCCGUGCAGCCGCCGCAUUUCCGAGACGAGUCUCAGAUCGCGGAGAACUUCGUCAGGGCUUUCUUCGCAGGCUAUGACAACGACCGCAGCGAGCUCAUCAACGGCGUUUACGACAAGUCUUCCACUUUCACACUAAACAUCAACACGUCCGCUCCGAAAUCCGAAGGGACUGAAACCGCUCCCUGGGAUGCGUAUAUCAAGAAGAGCAGAAACUUGCUGAAGAUCAACCAUCUCCCUGCAAGGAUGUCUCGGGCAUACAACGGUACAGACAAGAUCCGCGACCUAUGGACCAGUCUCCCCGCAACGAGACAUCCCGACAUAACAGCACACCCAGACCAAUGGCUUAUCGAAUGCUACCCGAUCCCAGGCCUUCCCGACCCUUCGGGACAGAGCCCCACGGGCGUUGGUGGACUUCUCAUCAUGGUGCAUGGAAAGUUUGAUGAGAUCAGCGGAUCUCGGGUGGAAACGCGGAGUUUCGACCGGACAUUCAUACUCGGACCUGGUGGCGGUAUGGGGGGAAUCAGGGUCAUCAACGAUAUCCUCUGUCUGCGAGCCUACGGAGGACAUGAGGCCUGGAUCCCGGAAAACCAGCCAGCGGCCCCUCCUGCAGCGGCUCCGGCGACUCCUCUUGUGGCACCUCAGCCGGUAGCUGUACCGGGCGCAGUGCCAGGUGUAGUACCGGGCGCUCCAGAUGGCUACGGCAUGCCGACACCUGGAAAACCGGACGUGCAGGUACAGCAAGAGCAGCUGGUUCUCCAGAUGAGCUCCAAAACUCGGAUGACCCUUCCAUACUCCGAGAUGGCUCUUUCUGGAAAUGGCUGGAAUAUCGAUGCGGCGUUGAAGAAUUUCGAAGAACUGAAGACGCAGGGAACAUUGCCUCCCGAUGCUUUUCUGCCUGUUUGAUUCAGAUGGGGGGCGAACAUGGAAGGAAUCAAGGGGAUGGAAAUACGUUAAUGGACCCGGGAGAACCUUCGCAUGAGCGACUCGUUCCCACGAUCCCGAUUUGGUCCUUGCAUGUCUGGCUUUUGCGCGUGGG